ACAUAAAGUAUCAUCUCUUUCCUUUCAAAAAAAUAAAAUAAAGCAUCAUCUCUUCAAAAUGUCAUUUCUCUCUCUUCCAAGCUUGUUCACCACCAUCAUCUCUCCCCUUCUCCGGCCACAAGUCUGGCAGAGCUAACAAAAGGAGUGGGAACGGCGGACCGGCGAACCGGAGUGGGAACGAAGAGAGAGAGAGAGACAGAAGGAGAGAGAUGAACACAAGGGAGUGGGCCGGCGGACCGGCAUCGGUUUAGCGGCGGCGAUUGGGGGAUUUUGGGACGGUGGUGUUCCUCCGGUAUGGCUUGUGACACAAGAACCUGCUUUAGCAUGUUUAAGCAUAUCGGAUAUUCCUACAUACCAGCCCGUUGGUAAUGUUCAGGUGUCCCCAAAUUCUGGAAGGAGGACAUUUAUUCCAGAUGUUGAUGAUUUGAUUAAACCUCAGAUGCAUAUGACGUUUGAUUCGUUGGAAAAUGCUUUUCUUUUUUAGCAAAGAUAUGCUAAGGCGGGAGGUUUCACAGCUAGGAAGGGUACUCAAUACGAGCCUCGAAAGGGUGUAAUACAUAAUAAAUGGUUCGUAUGCUCAAAAGAGGGUACUAAACCCUUAAAGGCGAUUGACUCGACUCAGGAAGCUGGUAGUUCUAAUGUUAACUCGAAGUCUAAGAUUACUCGCAGGGUUCCUUCUAUAAGGACCGGAUGUGAAGCGUGCAUUCGGGUUAAGUUAAUAACCCCGGAUAAUCUUUACGUGGUUUACUACUUCGAGGAGUCGCAUAAUCACUCAUUUGUUGUUGAAGAUGACAGGUACUUGCUUCCUGAAAACAAAUCUAUGAAUUACGUACAGGAAGAAGCCGUGAAUGCUUUGAGUGCCAUAAACGUUGGUCCAGUUAGAGCGUUUAACAUUAUGAGGACUCUUUAUGGAGGUUUCGAUAAGGUAUGCGCAACUAAAGUUGACUUCAAGAACUUCAAGAGAGACUUAAAUAGGUAUAUAGCUGAGUACGAUGCUGACAUGGUUAUCAAACGCCUAAGAAGGAAGAAGGAAUUUAUGCCCAAUUUCUCUAUGGAAUACCUUACAACUGCUGAGGGCGUCUUACGUGCGUUGUUCUGGGCCGAUGGUGAUACAAAGAGAAAUUUUAAUAUUUUUGGGGAUGUUGUGUCGUUCGAUGCUACUUAUCGUCGUAACAAGUACAAUAUGAUGUUUGUACCUUUUACCGGCGUUGACAAUCACUAUCGUAAUGUUACCUUGGGUGCUGCUAUUAUAGGGGAUGAAACUGCCGAAACAUAUAGCUGGUUGCUCAACGCAUUUCGGCAGGCGUUUGGGCGCGCACCACCUGUGAUUGUAACUGAUCAAGACCCAGCGAUGAGGAAAGCUAUUCAAGAUACUUGGCCUGAAAGUAGGCACAGGCUUUGCAUGUGGCAUAUAAUGGAGAAACUCACUACCAGGGUUUAUUAAAUACCAAAAUUAUGGUUGGCGCCAACCUAUGCAAUAGCACUGAUUUUAAGAAGAGGUUGUGUGAUAUUGUUUGGACCGAUGCCUUACGGCCAGAACAGUUUGAAAAUGAAUGGGGUGUUAUAUUGGCUGAUUUUGAUUUGCUGAAUCAUGAAUGGUUACAGUCCAUUUAUCAGAUUAGGGAUACAUGGAUCCCUGCGUACUAUCGUGAUCAACACAUGUCUGGGCUAAUGCGUACCUCAUCACGUUCGGAGAGUGAGAACCAUUUCUUUGGGCAGCUUUGCAACCCGAAUUGUACCCUUGUUGAAUUCUUGGGGCAUUUUGAUUCUGUAAUUGAAGCCCAAAGACACGAGCACAGGAAGAAUGAUCACGAUACUAGGCACACAAACCCCCAAAUAUUUGCAAAAGAGUAUGUCUUAGAGCAACAGGCGGCAAACAUAUACACACGGACAAUUUUCUUUGAUGCGCAACUUGAAAUUCAGACAGCCAUUCACAAGUGUGCUGUUGGAAAAGGGGAGGAUAGAGAGGAUAACUUUGUGAACUUCUCUGUGAAGGACUUUUCUCAAGCGUGUACUACAGUUUUUCAGGUUAUGAUGCGGCAGCUAGAUAUGACCGUUAGUUGCUCAUGCAAUAGGUAUGAACAGUUUGGGCUUCUGUGUGCGCAUAUUUUUUGCGUUUUGCGGCUUCUUGAUAUCAGGCAGUUCCCUGAAAGGUACAUAAUGCGACGGUGGACCAGGGAAGCUGUUCCUAAUAGUGCGUCGGGAGCGAUAUUGGGGAUUAGUGAAAGUGAUGAUCGGUACCAGCAAGUUAAUGGUGUUGUAAGGGAGAUAACAAGGUCAGCCGAGUCUCUUAUUAACAGGUUGGUUCAUAACUUUGAUGCGUUGUGCGCUUUUAGGGACCAUGUUGUCCAGUAUCAAUCGACCGCUGAUCAGGCAGUCGUAAACGCUCCCCCUAGGAGUCGUCGCGAUAGGUUUGCUGAAAUAACUGGAUACACGCAAGAAACACCUGUAACUGUUCGUAUGCCGAAAACCGUUAGAUUUAAAGGUAUGGGCAAACCUUUCAGAAUGAAGAGUAAUCGUGAAAUUGCCAUUAUUCAAUCUGCGAAGAAAAAAAAGGGUCGCGCAUGUGGCAAUUGCAAACGUCGGGGGCAUAAUAGACGUACCUGCUCGUACCCGGCAAGGGAAAAUGCCGACGACUCCUCAGAAAGUGAUGAAGCGGAUCUUGAAGGAGACGACGAAGAGGAGCUAGAAGAUGUGGCGGGUGAAGGAGACGACAAAGAGGAGCUAGAAGAUGAAGAGCAAGAGUAGUUGAUUACUAAAUUAUGCAAACUUUGAGUUUUAUUUCUAUUUUUUUUAAUGACGUUUAAUUUUAUUGUUGGAUUCCUUGUGUUUGA